CUUUGAUAGAUCGUGUUGCGCGGUAUUGCGUGAUCCGAUUGUUGAAUUACAUGUUAUUAUGGCAAAAGGUGAUAAAGAAUUAGAAAAACCUAUAGUGAAUAAUGAAUUACCGAAUCCAGAAUGUCGUGCUAUCGAUCAUGAAGACUCUGAAUCGCCACAGGAACAGCCUUUGGACAUAGGGGAGCAUUAUUUGGUGCGGCGUUCGGAUGAGUCAUGGCACCCGGCUGAGAUAAUACAAACGCGAUUCAAUGCAGCCGAAUCCUCUUAUGAAUACUAUGUUCACUAUGUGGGUUACGAUAGGAGGCUGGACGAAUGGGUUUCCCGCCAUCGGGUCAUGUCCGACAGGUUUGACAUGUGUGAACAAUCAAAUAACAACAUAAACUCAGAUCAUCUUCUCACCGAUAAAUCCGGCCGGAAAAUUACAAGGAAUCAAAAACGUAAACACGAUGAAAUCAACCACGUUCAAAAGACUUAUGCGGAGAUGGAUCCUACGACCGCAGCACUUGAGAAAGAACACGAAGCGAUAACAAAAGUUAAAUAUAUCGACCGGAUUCAAAUUGGAAAAUAUGAAAUUGACACAUGGUAUUUCAGUCCUUAUCCUGAUGAAUAUGGAAAACAGUCAAAGUUGUGGAUCUGUGAAUACUGUUUGAAAUAUAUGAGAAUGGAAAAGACUUACCGAUACCACUUGAGUGAAUGCACAGCGAGACAGCCACAAGGCAGUGAGAUUUAUAGGAAAGGGACAAUAGCUAUUUUUGAAGCUGAUGGUAAAGAACAUAAAAUCUAUUGUCAAAAUUUGUGCUUGUUGGCAAAAUUGUUUUUAGAUCAUAAAACAUUAUAUUUUGAUAUAGAACAGUUUUUAUUCUACAUAUUAUGUGAAGUUGACAAGCAAGGAGCACACCUUGUCGGUUAUUUCUCUAAGGAGAAAGAUUCUCCGGAGGGAAAUAAUGUAGCCUGUAUAUUGACAUUACCUCCUUACCAGAGACAGGGCUAUGGCAAGUUGCUUAUUGCUUUCAGCUAUGAAUUAUCAAGGUUAGAGCAAGUUGUUGGCAGUCCAGAGAAACCUCUCUCUGACCUUGGUAAAUUAAGUUACAGAUCAUAUUGGUCAUAUGUUUUAUUAGAAGUUUUGAGUGCUAGUAGGGGCACACUAAGUAUCAAAGAUCUUAGUCAGAUGACUGGUAUUUCUCAAACUGAUAUCAUAUCAACAUUGCAAUCUAUGAACAUGGUAAAGUAUUGGAAAGGGCAGCAUGUUAUUUGCGUUACACCUAAGAUUGUGGCAGAACAAUUGGCUAGUUCACAUUUUAAAAAGCCUAGAUUGUCUAUAGAUCCAUCAGCUUUACGUUGGACCCCUCCUAACAAACAAGGGAACUCUGCCAAAGCUAAGAAGUAGUACAGGCUCACAGGCAGGGCUUAGAGAAAGCUGAUUUAGUCACAUCCAAAGACUUCUCUAGGUACAGGCCUGUUUAAAAUGAAGAACCUACAUUUGGUUUAUUAAAUGCAGUGAAUAGAUCAGUGCUAGAGUAUUAAUUUGUACUGUAAGCUUGGAAAUAGUUAAGUAAUGAGUAAGAUUAAAAAUAAUAAGACGCUGCAUUUGUUUGUACUACAUAAAUAGUAAAGACUUUUCAAACAAGGGAAUGUUAAGCAUUUCAUUCAAGUUAUGUUAGAAGCUAGAAUUAAAAUUUAUUAAAAUCUUAUUGGUAUACAUUGGUAAAGAGAGUAUUUUUUUCUAAUGGAAAGUUAUAAUAGAGAUACAACACAAUAAUAAUGUUAAAAAUCAGAUAAUAUUGUAAAAUAUUUGAACAGUAGUGGAUUUAGAAUAUUUUUAUUCAAAGAUUUUUAAUAACCAAAUCACAUCCUUUAUCAAAAAUAACAUUAUUGUUACUCUUCAUGUUUAAUAAAAAAAAACACCAUUGUAAACAUUCAUAGGCACAACUUAAAAUUUGCAAUUUUUGAGUUAAAUCAAUUUGCAAAUACCUACCUUACCUCUUCUAAGUUAGGUUAGCUUUAAUUAAACAGUAAUUAUUUGCUAACAAUUAAUGAAUUCAUAACUCUUUUUACUAAAUUGCCCACUGAAGUAUUUUAAGACCCUAAUUAUAAGUAUGGCUGUGUAGUGUUGAUUUUUAUGCUAUAAAUAUUCAGGGGCAAUUUAUAUUUUUUUUAAUAACUUAAUAGAUCUGCUUUAAAAAUUUCAACCAGUUCCUUUUUUUGUAUUGUGUAAUAGUGAUAUUAAUUUUAAGUUUAAUAGUAAAAGUUUUCAUCACCUUUAAUAUUUGUUGGUCAGUUUACCACAAUAAUUUAAACUAGGUUUCACUACAUAGAAAUUCUAUUGGAUAUUUUGACUUUGAUAUGUAAUAUCAAUAUUGUAUAAAAACUUAGUACCUUCAUAAUUGUAAUGAAUCGCAUCAUCUAUGAGAUGAGCGGCGCACUAACCGUUAGAUGGCGUUACUGUAACAAUAAGGAUGCCGUUAAUGAACAACGUGUUAGUUUGUAACUAUUGUAAGUUUAAGCUUGGUUUUAAAUCAUAAGAAUUAGUACCUAUACUAAUUAGGUUCUCGCAAUGUUUAUCUUUGCUUCUAACAAUUUGCCAUUAAAGAAUGUCGAAUUGUGUCAAAAUGAAAAAAGAUCUUCCCAUUGCCGUGGUAUUUAGAUUCUGUGAAUCAUUAGUUUUCACUGUUUAUUUGUGAUAAUUGUUUAAUUGUAAGUGAAAAUGUCAAAUAAAAAGAUUUAAAUG